UCGAACAGUUCAUUUCCAUUCGUCUUGGCGCGCACUUCGAAGUCUAAGCAACAGAUAUUACGGCAUAUCACGAUCGGUCUAACCGUUUACCAAAAAAAAAACUAUAAAUAAAGAAUUAGAAAUAAUAUUGUAAUUUAGUUCUAAAGAAAUUGUGGUAAUUGAUGUAUGUAAAUGUCAAUAGCGUUGUAAUUAUCACUCACUUAACGUCAGCGCGGCGUUCUUAUUCCGCCGUUGACAUUACUCAAUAGCGAGGUCAAGCGCUUAAUUGAAUUAUUACCUCGCACAGUGACAAACAGUAGAGAAGAACGCAACACCAAAAUAAGAAAUAGAAGCAGACAAGUAAAACACUCACUACACAACCGUAGAAGCCAGACAGCAUCAGCUCGGCGGUUCGUCAGCUGUUGAUGCAUUAAGUGCUGCCGGCAGUGGCAAUCAGCCGUUCGUCAGCCAACGGGCAAUGGCAUACCAAGUGAAUUUACCGGCAACCCGCCGCUGCGUCUCCUUGUUUGUGCUGCUUUUGGCGCUCAUCCUGCAGGCGUUAAUCCAGCGCAGCGCUGGCGCCCUUGUCAACGCCGACACGCUGAAUGCCGACGAUGUUGGGAACCCACUCGCGUUCACAAGUAAUACACCGCCGGAACCGUCACAGCCGCCGCGCACCUGUAACUCCAUUGAGGUGCGCACUAGAAAGGAUUUUGAAUUGCUAAAGAAUUGCACACGUGUGCACGGGCAUGUUUGGUUGGCGCUUUUGCAGCUGACACCGAGCGAUGUCGGUGCGCUGAAAUAUCUUACUGAGGUGGAGGAGAUUACCGAUUACCUACUGGUGCAUCGCGUGCAUGGUCUACCUUCGUUGCAUCAUAUAUUUCCACAUUUGCGCAUCAUACGCGGCCGUCGUUUGCUCUUCGACGAGUUUGCAUUGGUCAUUUAUGAGAAUCGCGAUUUACGCUAUAUGGGUCUCGGCUCGCUGCUGCGCAUACAGGCCGGUAAUAUUCGGAUCGAAACGAAUCCAUCACUUUGCUACGUGGAUACUGUGAAUUGGGUGCAGUUGCUGGGCAAUAGCUCACAGCAGCAUUUCUGGCAUAAGAAUAAUAAGUUGUUCAAUCAUUGUACGCAAUGUGAGCGCACCAGUAAUCAAAUUCUCGUCGAAGAAGAACUGCCGGAUAGAUUGCGUAAGCAUUGCUGGGGCUACGAUAUACCACAAGAACGUCCGGCUACGAAUAAUGUUGUCAAUUGUCGCGCAGAAUGCGGCGUACGUGGUUGCGAUGACAAUGGUAAUUGUUGUGAUCCUAACUGUUUGAGCGAUUGCGAUGGCAAGCGGUGCAGUUUGUGUGCGAAUCUGAAUCUGGAGCGCCAAUGUGUCGACGAAUGUCCACAGAACUAUUAUCAGCAUCAAGAUCGCGAUUGCAUCAGCGCAUCCAAAUGCCGACAAUUGGGUUCAAUACCGUUAGCGCGUAUUUGUAUGGAGAAAUGUCCUAAAAAUUAUUUGAGCACAGUCGAUGCAGCCGGAAACAAAAUGUGCAAAUUGCAAUGCACUGGAACAUAUACCAUACACACAGCAGCUGAUGCGGAGAGCCUCCAAGGCUGUAGUAAAAUAAAUGGCUCACUCAUCAUCGAACUGACCGACAUAAAGACCAAAAUCACCGACUUGGACAACGCGUUUGCAAACAUCACCGAGAUCACUGGCUAUUUGAAGGUGGUCAAUUCACCACAGUUGCUCACGCUACACUUCCUUCGCAAUUUAGUCACCAUACGCGGCGAUAAGCUCGUAAAUGAUUUAUAUGCGCUCGUUGCAGUCGAUAAUUAUCACUUGUCGGAAAUUUGGGCACCAAAUCAGAAUGUUGCCAUACUUAAAGGCAGCAUUUACUUCCAUCUAAAUCCACGCUUGUGCUUGUCUAAAAUACGUGAACUGCAAAAGUCCUUAAAAAGCGCGGCACCCAUUACUACGGUGAAUGCGUCGCCACACUCAAAUGGCGAGCGUGUGAUUUGCAACAGUCCCAUAACUAAUUUAACAGUUACACUUGAGGAUUACAAUUCUACAGCUGUGCGCCUGAAAAUAGACACAUUCACACUGAACAAUAUACAAAUUAUACUUGGCUAUGUGUAUUACUAUAAGGAAACGCCGGUGCAAAAUGUAACACUCUACGACGGAAGGCAUGGUUGCGGUCAUGAUAGCUGGCACAUGAAAGUGAACCCCACAAAAAAUAUCCGUUACAUCAUUACGAAUUUGAAACCGUACACACAAUACGCUUACUUCGUCAAAACGCUCACGAUGACCGAUUAUCAUAUACGCAUGGAUGCAUAUUCGAAAAUACAAUAUUUCCGCACACUACCGAGUAAACCGGGACCGGUGAAGAGAAUCUAUUACACAGCGAUUGCUAUGGACAAAAUGGUUUUACACUGGUGGCCACCACGCAAUCCGAAUGGCAUUAUCGAAAAGUAUAUAAUCAAUUUAACUAAUUAUGCAAAGCCAAAGAUCGCGAAAGAUAAUGUGACACUAGGUAAUUAUCGGGAGUUGCGUAAAUAUUCGCAGUCCUGUGAUUGUGUCUUUGAAAAUCCAGAGGAUAGUGGCCCUAUACCAUCGGAUGAAAACUAUUAUCGUAAGGAACAAAUUAUUUAUGAAGAAACUUUGCCUAAUUUGAUUUUUGUGUCUCGUAGGAUAAACAAUGUUCGUGUACGCCGUAAUGCCGACACUAACCACUUGAAUGGAAAUACAAAUUGUGUUGGCAGAGAAUCGUUAGUCACACCAAAUACGAUCAAUUCUUUUCUGGAUAACGCAGCUAAACAUAUACGCGUAACACGCAAAAUAGCAGAAAGUGAAGCCAAAUCCAAAGAUAAUAAUAAUAAUAAACUGGAAGAACAAAUGAAUAAAGAUGAUCACGAUCUUGAAGAAGAGCAGCGAAAACGUGGUGAAGCCAGCCUUCUUUGGAUAAUUCAGCAACAGGAAGAACAAGCACGGAAGUUGCAGGAUACAGGCCCAGAUGAUUUUCCAAUUAUCAAGCGUCGACCAGUGUGUCCGAUACCAGAUGCGUCGACGCAAUAUCAAUUACAAAACAAUUGCCGGCCACUGGAAAUAUACAAAGGUAUCGUAACACCGGGUAACAUACACUCAUACACAUUGACUGAUCUGCAUCCCGAGCAAACGUAUCGCAUAACAAUACGCGCCUGUGUAGCGAAUUUAACGAAUGGUUGUGGCGAAGAAACAAGUAUUUUUGCAGAGACGGUUAGCAAGAGUAUGGAAGAGUUCCUAGAGGGUUUAAGAAUAUUUGAUUAAUAUCAGCUUCACGCAGUUGUAGUUGUAUUAUUGUAGUGAUUAAUAAAUUGAAAUUUAAUAUUAA